AAUAAACAGCGGCGGUUUGGUUUGAUGGAGCGGUUUGUGUUUCAACUUGAAGAAAAAAAAUCUGUGGUUGAAGCUUUUUUCACUAAUCGAUGGUCCACUACAUUAUUUUCACAUCGACCAUGAGUGAAAGUGGAGCGGUUGCACUGGAAGUCUUUUUUUUUUAUUUAUUAUUUUUUUGGUGUUACAAUAUAACCAGAGAGCGGUGACUGUACCGGGCUGACUCGCGCAUGCGCAGUCGAAGCCCCGGAGCCGCAGGAGAUCAGAGCUGCGCUCCGGAGUAAGGGACAGGGACACACCGUUAUGAGUGCCAAAGUGAACAUGGAGGCUCCACCCAAAGAACCUGAUCGCACCCCUCUGGACCCAUCCGCCUCAACCCCCAGUGAGGCUGUCCUCAUCUGUGGGAGUGAUGGUGUUGCCAAGAAGGCUCGGCCCCAGCCCCACGCCACCACUACUACCACCACCACUUUCCUCCUGCCAGCUCCCGCUCCAGGCCAUCAGAAGAUAGAGGUGACCCCAGCUGUUGCCGUGGGAGACCCAGGUAAAGGAGGCAGGGCCAACGAGACGGCCACACCCACCCUGACAGCACAGGUGGGCGGGGCUUGUAGCAUCGUCCAUGUGCUUGAGUGGAAAGAGGGGAUGGCCAUCCUGCCCAGCAGCAACCUCAAGUUCUGUGUGAGUGACGUAGGAACACUGAGCACACUGAUCACCCCAGGGACGACCAGCAGCACCACUGAACCAGCAGCCGGGACUUCUGGGAGAUCCGCUGACGCAGAAAGUUCUCCAGCAGACAAGCCAGAUGUUCCAGCGCCUGUGGUCCCCGUGAGAGGUGCAGCCGUGGAGCCAGAGAGGUUUGUGUCGGUCAAACCUGAAGUCCAGGUUGGCCCGGGACAACAGAAACAUGAUCCCAGAGCUCAGAGGACCUACACAGAGGAGCUGCGCAGAGAGCCCAUCACUGACAAGAGGAGUGUCGGGGUAGAGAAGGUGCCAGCAGGCGGGAGGGUCUCCUCCCUGAAUCCCGAUCACCUGAAACCCAUGAGGAAGAGGAAGAGGAAGGAAUAUCUGAGUCCCUCUGAGGAAGACUCUGACAUCGAAGGCACGGACGGGAAAAUGGAUGAUUCAAAAACGGACAGCAGACACAUCAGAGGAGCUGGAGACAGUAAGACAGAGCAGUGGACGUGGGCUCAGUAUCUGGAGGAGAGCAAAGCUGUUGCUGCGCCCAGCAGUCUCUUUCAAGAGUCCCAGAGGGUGCCAACAGUGAAGAACGGCUUUAAACAGGGGAUGAAGCUGGAAGGCAUUGACCCACAGCAUCCGUCCAUGUACUUCGUCCUCACUGUGGCCGAGGUCUGUGGUUACCGGCUCAGGCUCCAUUUUGACGGCUACUCUGACUGCCACGACUUCUGGGUGAAUGCCAACUCCCCCGACAUCCACCCACCAGGCUGGUGUGAGAGCACAGGACACAAACUGCACACCCCCAAAGGCUGUAAAGAGGAGGAGUUUACCUGGACCAACUACCUGAGAAUGACUAAAGCACAAGUGGCUUCCAAAGAACUAUUUGCCAGUCCUGGGAGGAUCGAUGUCAAGUGCGGUUUUGAGAUCGGAAUGAAGCUGGAAGCCGUCGACCGUAUGAACCCCUCCCUCAUCUGUGUAGCGACCGUUACUGACGUGGUGGACGACCGUUUCCUGGUUCAUUUUGACAACUGGGAUGACACAUAUGACUACUGGUGUGAUUCCAGUAGUCCGUACAUUCAUCCUAUUGGUUGGUGCAAGGAAAGGAACCUCCCACUAACACCGCCCCAAGAUUACCCAGACCAGGCCCGGUUCUCCUGGUCUCUCUACCUGGAGGAGACUGGUGCCAAGGCGGUGGCUGCUGACGCCUUUAAAGUGCGUGAGCCUCACAGCUUCCAGCCACAGAUGAAACUAGAAGCUGUAGACAAGAGAAGUCCUGGUCUGAUCAGAGUGGCUACAGUGGAGGAGGUCGACACCCAUCGCAUUAAGGUCCAUUAUGACGGCUGGAGUCAUGUCUAUGAUGAGUGGAUGGACUCAGAUCACCCCGACAUCCACCCAGCAGGCUGGUGUGAGGCGACAGGACACCCGCUUAAAGUUGCACCACGGGACACCAAAACACAGCAGCCACACGGUGUGAGGGAGCCUCCUGCUACAGGCCAGUCCACCUACCCCUCCUCUGUUCCUUGUAAACCCAUCAGCCACCCCAGAACCAACAAGUACAGCUUCCACAACAGGAAGUGUCCAACUCCUGGUUGUGAUGGUUCAGGUCACGUGACCGGUCGUUUCACCGCUCAUCACUGCAUAUCCGGCUGUCCAUUGGCUGAGCGUAACCAAGGCAGGCUGAAGGCAGAACUGUCAGACUCAGAGUGCAAGAGGAACCUCUUCUUUGGCCAGAGGACCAAGAAAACUCAUUAUCGUGGCAGGAUUGGCCGUCCUCCCAAAUACAGGAAGAACCAGCAGAGAGACUAUCAGAACAUGUCGUCAGAGGGUGUGUAUCCAUCACUGUUCAUGUCAGCUCUGAGCAGCCAGUCAGACAGGACUCUGUCUCUAUGCUGGGAGCAGCAUUGCAAGCUGCUGCCAGGCGUUCAGGGCAUUCACGCCAGCCAGGUGGCGGCAUGGAACGUCGAAGAGGUCUUCAGGUUUGUCCAGAAUCUAAUUGGCUGUGAAGAACAGGCUCGUGUCUUCAAAGAAGAGAUGAUUGACGGGGAGGCCUUCCUGCUACUGACCCAGACCGACAUUGUGAAGAUCAUGAGCAUCAAACUCGGACCCGCCCUCAAGAUCUCCAACGCCAUUCUCAUGUUCAAGAGCACAGACGAGGGACUCAAGUGAUCCCGCCCUCACUCAUCGGGGGUCGUCGGGCCGCCAAUCAUCAUGUGCCAAAUUCAUUCUGUUGCAGGGAAAAAGACCCUGAUCCCUUUUUCAUGUGUUUGGUGUCCUGUACCCAUCAGAGAGAGGGAGGAGGGGAGGGGGGAGGGGGGAAGGUGAGGUCCGAUCAGGGUUAAAUGGUAGAUUAAAGGAGAGGGUGGAAGAAGGGAAAUAAUGAAAAUCAGAUUUUUUAUUUUUUAUUUUUUGAAUGACGGACAAAUUAGUGUGGAGGGUGGAUAGAAGGAGGCUGCUGAAGGUGAGGUCAAACAUUACAAGUUUUUUGAGUUUGGUGGUUUUCACAACUGAUGCGUUUAGUUCAUUACCAAACAUCACCUGAACAUCACAGGCAGAGUUUCACAUCUGUCACAGAUCUGCCAGUUUAUGAUAUGUUUGGUUAAACUGUGAUUAUAUCCAACUGGGUUUUUUUUUAUGCUGAGUUUUCUAUUUGUGCUUUGAAAGCCUGUGUGAAAAAAUAGUAGAAAUUCAGGGAGGGAAAGAAAUCACAUUUCUACAGCCAGAACCUUUAACACCUCAGAUGAGUGUAAAAAUGUAAUUUCUUUCCCUCCCUGAAUUUCUAUUAUUUUCACACAGGCUUUCAAAGCUGAAUGAAACAGAUUUCUUUGAAAAGACAACCUGCUUCUGGUUCUUCUUCUGUAAACAUGGCGUCAGCAUCUUGCUGCAGCUCACAACCAUCCAAGAGAUACUAGUAUUAUUUGUACUUUCACUUCCUGAAUGAGAAUCCUUCCUAUUGAUGCAAGCCUUAACAAGUCAGCUGAAAGUGUACCUACUACCUUACAGAGGUGGACCAAAUUUAUUGAGUACUGUACCUAGAUUUGAACUAAAUCAUCAGUUCAAAAACCCCUAAAACGGCAGGUGAAAUCAUCAAAAUGGGGGAAAAUGCUGAAAUACUCAAUGCACAAAUAGAAACUGAAGAAAAUAAGAGGGUUGACUAAAAGGGAAGAGAUGGGGAGGACUUGGCAGGGGGGAAACAUGGCCAAAAAGCAAGUAAGAGGAGUUAAAUGCAGUAGACGAGGCUGGUCAGUGAGGCAAGCUUCACAUUUUGUGCAAUAAAACAGUUAAUAGAGAAGUACUGUAUUCAGUAACACUUUUUUUUUUAAUUACAGCUCCUUUAUGUUGUCAGAGUAAUUCUUAAGUUGUAACAGAAUAACAUGAAAUAAAUAAGCUACUUUGUUCAGACUAUUGUAAAAAGAUUCAGGUUUAUGAGAGGAAGCCUUUCUUCAGUUUCCUGAGUAUUCUGAAGUAUUAGUCGUUUGUGUUUACUGCCUCGAAACUCUCCACACUGGAACUUACUGCACCGUUAAUGUAAAAAUUCAAAUGAUACGGGAGCUGUAAUUUAAAAUGUUACCCUCUUCUAUAGAAUCAGAGUCAGAGAUCAAACAACACAGUGUUAUGAGUUUUUAUAUCUAUAUGCAAAACAUGUUAAAUUAUUAUUUUUGCACCUCUAAAUGGACGAAUAGGACAGUUUGUAUUGGCAUUUUAGCACAACUGUGAAUCCCGAAUGGAUUUUACACAAUGAUGUUCCCACACUUGGUCACUAGAGAGUGCAAAAAUCCACAUUUUAGCACUAUAAACAUGGAUUUGGGAUACAGUCAAUGAAGCUCUCAGCAGUUUUCAUGUGAUGGAAACUGUGUUUUUGAAAUGUUUACAUUUUAUGUCAGGAUUGGUUCAAAGACACUGUAUGGACUUGAUAUUGUCAGAUGAAAAGUUAUUUUACUGGACUGUUUUAAGGGCUCUUGGAAUCUUAUUUGUGUGUCUCUCUGGUGGGAUUUGUGUAUGUGAGUAUGUGUGUGUGUGUGUGUGCAAGCGCGAGUGUGUGCGUUUCAAGAUAAUCUGGGGUCACAAAUGUCAUUCUAUCCAUAUGAAUUAAUAAACGUCCAAAGUUGUCUUGUCUGAGUAAAGCCACCUCCUCUUGUCUUAUCUGAGGGAACACACACACUGCAUUUCCUGUGUUUGUGCAGGUGUGUUGUGUGUGUUGACUAUAAACUUACUUUGCUUAUAUCACAUCCCCCUAUUGACCAUAUUGUCGUCAACAGUUGGCUGUGGUGGUGACAGCUCCUUUCACGCCCUUUCUCCUUUCAUUGCUUAUCUUCUUGUUCCACUGCACAGGCCAGAAAAACAGGCCUG